AAUGGGUGAACAGAGCGGGAGUCGCAUCGCCUUGAUUCUGGUCAAUUUCCUCGUAUUUGCCGGGACAGUCGCCAUCAACCAGCUCGCGGCCUUUCCCCAGUUCGCAGGAGGUCUCUUUGUUAAACUGAGGGACUUUGCCACCACCUAUGGUCUGGGUGUCCCCCCACAAGGUAUGAGGCUAAACUCGAGAUGCAGCUCGUGGUGUACGUGGUUCUUGGUUCCCUCUCCGGCAUUAUGCUGCUGUGGUUCAUUCUCGAGAACACCGUCCUCGACCGCUUCGUCCGGUACACCAUUACCCAGUAUGCCGUGGUGGUGCUGGCCAUGGUCGGGAUCUACAUCAAGCAGUACUACGGCGCCACUCUGGAGACCGGCUGGUUUAUCGUGGUCCUGCUGGGCGUCGCCGUCUUCUGCCUGGUGGCUCGCCUCGGCCUCGUCAUCGUCAGGGCCUGCAAGAGUCCUCUCUACGCCAACAACAAGGUCGGCGAUGACCCCGUGCUGAGCUACGCCGCAUGAUACUGGGGCUACGUCGACACCUCGGCCACGCGGCUCAUUGCCAUGUAUUCCAGCCUCUGAGGUAGUCCGGGCUCGCUGGACCCACGGCUGUUGCGGGAGAAGAGUCGUCGGAUGUCACGCCGAGAGCAGGGGCA